AUUCAAAGAACUUCAUUUUGUUCAAUAUAAUAGGCUAAUCAAUAUAAGCUCGCAAAUCUAUUUUCUUCCUUGAUUGUUUUUUAAGGACGCUGUUUUCAUCUCAGAUUUACUAGCAAUAGUGUAUAUUUAUAUUUUUUAUAAUUAUUUUAUUGAUAAAUAGUCUAUGAAACAAAUGCAAACAGAACUAAAUGUAAAGUAUUCGCUUCUGAUUAACGUUUUCUGUUCUCACCACUUCGAUAAAUCUUAUCCAAUAAAUGUCAUUCAUUCAUUGGAAGCGGUAAUAAGACAAUAAGAUCAGUUUCGUGGAAAAGUGUGAAAACUGUUAUUUCGUGAGCCACAGUGCUUCUUGUCGAAUACAGCAGGUGGGUGGGACUGCCAGCUGCAUGAAAAAAAAAAAGAAAGAAACCCCUAAAAAAACAACACCGGAGCGACCACCCAUCUUGUACAGAAACCUGCCGCAACGCAUACUCAGAUACAAAAAAGCACCAAAUGGGAAAAAUUAAAUGCUUCCAAAAAUAUGCCUUAAAAAAAUCGGACACUGAAACUCAAGAACAACACUUUCACAGGGAAAAAUCGUGGUUAUGGAAGUUUUUUUCUGGGCUUUGUCUACUGGUAUUCAUGUUUUUUCUGGUUAUAUGGUCUUAUAUGGGAAAUGGAAGAAAAAAACACCCUUCACCCAGCUUUUUGUCUCAGCACUGUGCAGGACUUCAGAACUAUUCAAACUCUGGCUCUCCUGCAGGAAUCAAUUCAGAAGUCUCAGAAAUGUCUCAGUCACCAAUAAACUCUUUUUACUCAGAAUUUGGAAUCCUUUUAGAUGACUACUCCAGGUUACAGCAGGCUGUUUACUGGGACGGGCCUGACAGAUCAAUCACAAAUGUGUCCAUGAGUACUAGUCCAGCUCACACCACAUUCAUCAUAGAGAACCUGAAAGAGAACUACCAAACUGGUGAGGAACUUUUUGUUACGGUGCACGCAAAGGACUUUUAUAAUAUAUCUAAGCGUUAUGGAGGCGACUUUUUUCAAGCCAAGCUGUUCUGGUCUGAAACUAAGGCAAGUGUGUUUGGGGAGGUGGUGGACCUGCACAAUGGAUCCUACUCUGUGCGUUUCCUCCUGCCAUGGGCCGGUGAGGCCCAGGUGGCUGUGCGUCUAAUUCACUCCAGUGAAGCUGUGCAGGUCCUGAAGCAUCACAGAGAUACUGACUCUGACAGGGUGUACUUUAAUGGAUAUUACGAGGGACCAGGACCAAAUAAGACCAGGCUGAGUGAAACAGUGAUGUGUAAUGUUAAGUGGGACAAGAAUGGAUUUGAGCAUAUGGGAACUGAAAAUUGUUGCUGUGAUUACAAAGAUCCCCAUACCAAAGAAAUAUGGCGCUGCCAGAGACCCAAAUCCCUGCCAUGCAGUGCUCUUGUGUACCACUCUAUGGGAGGUUAUAGAAACCGUCUGACUGAUAGAGAGAAAGAGCUUAUGAAGCAAACUAAUAAAGAUAUCAAUGGAGAUAAGAGCAUCAUCAAAAUUUUUCAGUCCCAUGGAAAUGAAACUGCUGAUGUAGCAGAGAAAUGUCAUCCUGGUUUACACACUCCAGUUCCAGCUGGCUUCUACCUGAAUGAUGUGUGGACAUCUUUUGUCUGUAGCACCCGCCAUUUUACAACCCAAGCGACAACAGAGUGCCUGAAAGACAAACACAUUUACAUGAUGGGAGACUCUACUAUGAGACAGUGGUUUGAGUUCUUUGUGAAAGAAGUACCAAACCUGAAGCAGAUGAACCUGCAUGUCCAAUAUCAGUCAGGGCCACUCCUAGCAGUGGAUGUGGAAGACAAAAUUGACUUACACUGGAGGGCUCAUGGCGUUCCUCUUCGCACUGAGAAAACAAAAAUUGCUAAUCUGCACUACAUCAGUAAUGAGAUCGAUGAUCUGGCUGGAGGACCCCACACAGUCAUUAUGUUCAAUCUGGGGCCCCAUUUCACCACGUACCCUCUGGAUUUCUACACCUAUAGAGUGUUGACGAUCCGCAAAGCUGUUCUAGCAUUGUUACAACGGUCACCUGACACUACUGUUAUAAUCAAGACUAUCAACACUGGCUAUAAGGAUAUUUUCGGGAGUGAUUGGUAUUCUCUACAACUGGACAGAGUUCUCCGUUGGGCUUUUCAGGAUGUUGGUGUUUAUAUUCUGGAUGUGUGGCAAAUGACGGCCUGUCACUACAGCAAAGAGAACAUUCAUCCAGGCCCUGUCAUCAUCAAAAAUGAGAUAGACAUUUUACUUUCUUUUAUUUGCCCCGGAUAAAUUUUAAUUAUUACAUGUGAAAAUUCAGGUCAUGUGCAGAGAAACUACCCUAAAAUACUUUUUUAUUUUAUUUUUUGAAAUUAUUUGUCACUCCUGAUGUUUGUCUAAUAUAGGCAUACUUUACACGUUCACAAACCUAAUCAAAUAUAUUUAAGUAGUUAUACUGGAUUAGGUAACAUUUAAAAAUACAGAUCAAAUAAAAGAAAAAUGAAAAGUGAAAUAAUGAGAUUUAAAGUCAAAAUAAUGACAUACUAAGUCCCUGGUGUUGGUUCACCCUUGCCUUUGACUUAGUAUGUCAUAAUUUCAACCUUUUAUGUUAUAAUUUUGAAUUUUAAAGCUAUAACCAGAACUAAGUAUUGUCAUAACUUGAUAACUAUGACAUUUAAAGUCAUAAUUAAUUUACCAACACAU